UCAUCGGCUACUGUGGUAGUCUAACCUCCACUACGAGAUUCGCGAACAUAAUAAAUUUACUUAUUACAAAUCCUCGUACAAAAUCAAAUUUUAAACAAUAGUUGGAAAUCCAGGUGCUUAAAAUGACAGCAGAACAUGUCGACUGGGGUAAACUUGUUGAGCAGGAAGAUCUAUUGUCUUCUAGCGUCACAAACUUGACAAUCCAGCAGAAUCCCACACCUUCUGAAGUCAAUGGAGUCGACGCAUCCGAGGGUGAAAAAGUCCCAACAGCGGCAGAAGAGUCGCUCCUGAAGAAACUCCUCCACAAGUCGCUCGUCGAGUCCAAACAGGAACUGGAGAUUCAACGGACUAACCCACACUCACCCCUGUACAGUGUAAAGUCGUUCGAGGAGUUGAAACUCCGGCCAAAACUCCUGAGGGGGGUCUACGACAUGGGCUUUAUGAAGCCCUCGAAAAUUCAGGAAAUGGCGCUACCAACUUUGCUCGCUGAUCCACCAGGAAAUAUGAUCGCCCAGUCCCAAUCAGGCACUGGAAAAACAGCCGCCUUUGUACUGGCCAUGCUGACCCGGGUUGACACGUCAAAGCCGUAUCCCCAGGUGCUCUGCUUGUCACCUACUUAUGAGCUGGCCAUUCAGACUGGGGAGGUAGCUGCCAAGAUGUCCAAGCAUUGUCCUGAGAUUAAAAUCAAAUAUGCUGUGCGGGGAGAAGAGAUGGCCAGAGGUGAGAAGAUCACCGAGCAUAUAAUCAUUGGAACCCCUGGUAAAGCUCUGGACUGGUCUCUCAAAUUUCGAUUCUUCGAUCUCAACAAAAUCACUGUCUUCGUGCUCGACGAGGCUGACGUGAUGAUUGCCACACAGGGUCAUCAGGACCAGUGCAUCAGGAUCCACAAGAUGUUGCCCAAGACCUGUCAAUUCAUGUUCUUUUCAGCCACGUACGAAAAAGCUGUGAUGGAUUUUGCGGAAAUCAUUGUCGAAUCUCCAAUGAUUAUCAGACUAUUGAAGGAGGAAGAAUGUUUAGACAAUAUCAAACAGUUCUACGUAAAUUGCUCGGACAUGGAAGCAAAAUACGACGCUAUCACGACUAUUUAUACUAAUCUCACAGGACAGGCGAUCAUUUUCUGUCACACGAGGAAGACUGCUUCGUGGCUGGCGGAGAAAAUGAUCCAGGAAGGAUUCACAGUGGCUGUAUUGUCCGGGGAUAUGACUGUGGAGGAUCGGAUCCGAGUUCUUGAUCAUUUCAAGGAGGGCUGUGUCACUGUUCUGGUGACAACUAAUGUGUUAGCUCGAGGUAUUGACGUGGAUCAGGUGUCUCUGGUCGUAAAUUUCGAUCUUCCAGUUAAUCAACAGGGGAAAGGAGACCAUGAGACGUACCUCCACCGGAUCGGUAGAACAGGCAGAUUCGGAAAGAAAGGAAUCGCCAUAAAUCUGAUAGACUCCCCACAGGCAAUGACGAUUUGCCAAGAUAUGGAGAAACACUUCGGCAAGAAAAUUGAACUCCUGGACAUGGGUUGUCGGGAUCUUAAAGCUAAAAUUCGACAGUAACGCCUAACCAGCGCUUACUAUAAUUACUAUGAUAAUUAUUUUUAAGCUAUCGAUCUAAUAAAGCUUUCAUACCUAUGAAUUUAUUUCAUCAUUCAAUGAUUCUUCGAUUGUGCAUGGCAUUGACAGUGAGAGCCUGUUGAAUGUAGAAAUAUUUAUUUUUUUAUCGAAUACUUGGUCUCGUUCGCUCGAUACAUCAACUGAUUAUUGUAAUUAUGAUAUGUCUUUUAAUAAACUCUUCAAAAGAACCGAAGAAUAAAAUUAGAAA